AUGGCCCCCGUUGAGGACAAGAAGAACACUUCCCCUAAUGACAUUCAACAACUGAAGACGAUCUCAGAGCAGUCAACCCUUUCUAUUCCAGGCCUUCCAUCGGAUGAUGGCGAUACUACAUACAAGUAUGCUGAAUUGGAUGAACUUAAUUCGAAGAGCUUACAUGCCAUUGCGCUCGAGUGGAUUGGCAAUGACAGAAAGACGCGUGAUUGUGAAGAACAGGAAGGGAAGCGGAAGAAGGUUCGGGGUGCCAGGUUUCAGAUCACCCCCACCGACUCGGAAACGUUUUACAGAAAGUUCGUCACGCCUUCCUCUCCGCCCUUGCAUCGUGAUACUGACGUCCACUUGUUCAUAGGUACGACUGCAGUCUGCGGCCGCCAUAACUUACUUGCGGUGCUUUCCAUCCUCCAUCAGAAACCAUUCACACAAGGAGCGACAUGUUGUGCUACGCGGUAUACUACUCGGAGCUCAGUCCAGGUCUCCAAACUUACCUUGAGGGGUUGCAAGCCUGCUGUUCACAGCGCCGUCAUGCAAGCUGAUGGAACCAGGGCCGCUGGUCUAGCUGUGAGAAGAGAACCGAUAGAGACCGUGCACCCACAUUUCCGAGUCCAUCCCGUCGCUGGUUGGAAGAGCGUGUUCGUGAACCCCGGCCUCACACGUCACAUCGUCAGCGUACCAAAAGCGGAAUCAGAUGCUAUUCUCUUCCAACAAAUAGCCACCAACCCCUAUUACCAACUCCAACCCAACGAUGAUAUUUUCUUCUAA